AUGCCUAAUAUUGAACAUUCAGCAUACCCAGCAGCUGCACUGCUUCACUUGGAAAGUUUGGUGCCUUGUCGAGAAUCCCAAGUGUCCAUGUUGCUGUCGCUAUUUGGAGAGCGUCAGCAGUUUAGUGUUCCAUCCAUCUUUAUCUAUGGACAUACAUCUAGUGGAAAGACGUACGUGAUGCAAACUCUUCUAAACACCUUACAGCUUCCUCAUGUGUUUGUGAACUGUGUGGAAUACUUUACUUCACGACUUCUUUUAGAAGAAAUUCUCAUCCAGUUGCAAAACCGCUCUUCUGAGACAGAACAGACUUCUCAUGUGCCUUGUGAUACUUUCAAUGACUUUGUACGUCUGUUUAAACAAGCUGUUGCGAGUCAAGAGCUUCAAGAUCAAACAUUAUACAUUGUACUGGAUAGAGCAGAGCAGCUGAGGGAAAUGGAAGCAAACAUCCUGCCAGCGUUUCUUAGGCUUCAAGAGUUGACUGACAGAAAUGUGACAGUUGUCCUGCUCAGUGAAAUAGUAUGGGAACUGUUCCGUCCAAAUACUGGAUGCUUUGAGCCAUUCACCUUGUAUUUUCCUGAUUACAGCAUAGGACACCUGCAGAAGAUCUUGUCUCAGAAUCAUCCCCCGGAAUAUUCUGCGGAUUUCUAUGCUGCAUAUAUCAAUAUUCUGCUUGGUGUCUUCUACAUGGUCUGUAGGGAUCUGAAAGAACUUCAGCAUCUGGCAGCGCUCAAUUUUUCUAAAUACUGUGAACCAGUGGUCAGAGGAGAAGCAAAUGAACGUGACACCCGCAAACUCUGGAAAAAUAUUGAACCUCAUUUGAAGAAGGCAAUGCAGACUGUUUAUCUCCGGGAAAUAUCCAGCUCACAGUGGGAGCGCUUACAGCGUGAUGACGGAGAACCUGGGCAGUUGAAAGGACUUUCUGCACAUACACACAUGGAACUUCCUUAUUACUCCAAAUUUCUUCUAAUAGCUGCUUACCUUGCCUCCUACAAUCCUGUUAGGACAGAUAAGAGGUUCUUUCUUAAGCAUCAUGGGAAAAUUAGGAAGACCAACUUUAUGAAGAAACAUGAAAAGACCAGCAAUCACCUCCUUGGGCCAAAGCCAUUUCCCCUGGACAGAUUGUUAGCAAUAUUAUAUAGUAUUGUGGACAACAGAGUUGCUCCAACUGCAAAUAUAUUUUCCCAGAUCACCUCUCUUGUGACUCUCCAGCUGUUAUCCAUGGUUGGCCAUAAUGACCAGCUUGACGGACCACGAUAUAAAUGUACUGUAUCUCUGGAAUUCAUCAGAGCUAUUGCCAGGACCGUGAACUUCGACAUAAUAAAGUACUUGUACGAUUUCUUGUGAAAACAAGCUUCACAGCCAUAUGGACACUGUGACAAUGACUAAGGCAAGCUGUGUUCAUCUCUCUACUUAGCUGGCCAGAAAGAAGAGUAUUUUGGCUCUUUUGGAUUUGUCCAAACAGGUGCUGGCCCAGCAUGGAACCUGAUGAAAAUACUCUGAUUGGUCUGGGUGGAUCUGAGCAGAGGACUAUUUACCAGGGACCCUGGA